CCGGCCCACAUCCUCCUCCACCCCCGGCCCCCCAAAUCCCAGUCUCCAGCCUCUAGCGAAGGAGAAUGCUUGAACAGGUGGGUUCACUGGGCAGAUAGCUAGCAGACGAAAUAUGGACAAAAAUACGAACAUAAAGAGGAAGGGCAUCGCUGAAAAUGCCAGAGCUGAAACAAAUUAAGUCAUUUCAAGCUGAUCUAUAACAUGCAUGAAGAUACAGUAGGCCUUUCAUAUUGCGAGCACUAGCAGCAGCACUGCCGGCGCUAACGACGCUGCCUUUAAUUCUGAUGAUUGAUUGACGGAGUUGCACAAAGGAGAGAUGCUGAGAAUCCAGUAAGCUUGACCCUCAUCAGUGACACCCAUGCCUCCAUCCCCACCUCGUUCUUCCACCCCGAAGUGACAGACGCUACCCUCUCUCUCCAUCCCUCAGUGCCCUUCACUCCAUCACCCUCACCUCCUUCCUCCACCCUGGCCAGAAGAUAUGUUACCCCACUUUUUAUUUAUUUAUUUAUUUAUUGUUCAUAGACACCAAUACCCUAGCACUAGUACAAAGGUGUAGAAUAGCUCUGCCUGGUGUUUAUUUAAAGGUUUCUAAUUUAUUAUAGACCAACAAUACCUAAGAGUAACUGUACCAUUACAGAAGCAGAAACAUUUGAUAUUUGUGCUUACUAUUUAUAUUUAUUGCUAGUAGGGCAGGUCUGGCUAUUCAUGGGUUGAUUGCAGUGAGCUGGUCUGUGUAAAAAAAAAAAGUCCUGGCACAUUUUUUAAUCUCAGUUUGACCGAGAAGCUCCAGAACAGCUACUAAAUUGGCCUUGUGGUGAGAUUGUUUCCAUUUCUCCCUCACAAUAAACUUACAGUACAAGAUUAAAGCUUUCUUAUAACUUUAAGAUUUAUACCUGAUCUUUAUACAUGUAAAUAUCAGUAUUAUAUAUAUGGUUUCUACUGAAUAUUGUCCAGCUUGUGUUCAUAAAACAAGAUAUCUAUACUGCAUCAGUACAAGAACUCACUCAAGUACACCUGCCCAUACCAAAAAAUACUUGAAUACAGUACACUAAACAGGAUAUUGUUAUAGUAUAUUGCAAUUUGUGAUUAUGUUUGUGCUCUUUGUGUCUGUACCUUGAAAACAAUUCCACUCACCUUUUAGCACCUUGCUCUUUCUUUAAAUUACAAAGUAAACUAUGUGUAUACCCAUGUAAAAAUGGCAGAUAAAUUCACUUGAGCAUGAACAAAAAUACAGCAUAAACAGAAGGUAUGAGGGAGUAAAGUAUAGGAUUUUGAAAUUUGUCAUGUGGAGAGCUAUAUGUUACUGGUUACCCUGGGGUGUAUGAAUAAUUUCUUUCGCCCAGCUGUUACUUGACACCACACGGUGAGCAAAGGACAAGCAGGCGCUCAAGGGAUAAAGUCUUUACCAUAGCUGGUGUUUUUGACUGGAACAUCUACAGUUCUCACACGUUAGAUAUAAGAUAGUGACCUUGUAAUUUUUACUUCAGGAUGCAUCUUACAGAGACUGCUAUACAUUUUUGGAAAUCAUGCUUAGGAAGUGACUCUGUGCUGCAGCCAUUGUGGGACUGCAUGAGGCUCAACUACACCGACUAUUUGAGAUCUCCACUUUUUCCUGUUGUUCUGACUGUGUCUUCAUACUUUGUCUUCAGCUUUCCGUUUCUUAUUUGUGACAUCGUGGGGGACAAGUGGGCAUGGGUCCAGCAAUUUAAGAUCCAACCUAGCCAUCGGCCAACGGCCUCUAAGCUGCUGCACUGUGCAGGUAUCACCUUGUACAACCAUGUGUUCUUUGUGCUCCCAGCAUCAGUGGCCCAGUGGGCAUGGAGGCCACCUGUGGACCUGCCGGAUCAGGCUCCAUCCCUGCUGGAGCUGAUUAUUGGAGUGGUAAGCAAUCUCCUACUCUUUGACUUCCAGUAUUUCAUUUGGCACCUGCUCCAUCACAGGAUCCGCUGGCUGUAUGUCACUUUCCACGCCAUCCAUCAUAAGUAUUCAGCUCCCUUUGCACUUGCCACUCAGUGUCUUGGUGGCUGGGAGCUGGUGACAGUCGGCUGUUGGACCACCCUGAAUCCUAUGAUCCUGAGGUGCCAUCUUCUCACUACAUGGGUCUUCAUGGUGUUGCACGUCUAUGUUUCGAUUGAGGAUCACUGUGGGUAUGACUUCCCCUGGUCCACUUCCCGUCUGAUUCCGCUUGGCAUCUACGGAGGGCCCAGCAAGCAUGAUGUGCACCAUCAGAAACCCAACACCAACUUUGCACCACAUUUCAGCCACUGGGACAAAAUAUUUGGCACACAUGCUGAUUUCAGCUUCUGUACUGCUAUGAAAUAGAAGUCGGUUACAUUGUAGUUGCAAGCAGUUGUAGAAACCUGUAUUUUUAUGCAUCUGUAUUUGUUUUUUGCAAAUUAUGUGGAUAUUAAAAUGAGCAGUGGUGGCAGUUGAAAAGAAAUCAACAUUUUCCUUUAAUGGAGUUGUGUUACUGUAUUGUACUUGAAAAAUAACACUGUCAAAAUGUGUUACAGUUUCUUAUAUCUUCAGUGACGUUGAGCAGAUCUGUUAAUCAUAUCUCAAAAGUCAUUUGAACUUUAAGCACAAUAUAAUAAAAUUA